AUGGACCAAGACGCGUUUGAGACCAUUGAGGACAUUGAUGGAGUACGUUUCACUUGGAAUGCGUUUCCUAGAACAAAGAUAGAGGCGGCAAGAUGUUGCGUUCCAAUAGCUUGUAUUUAUACUCCCUUGAAGCAGAGAGAAAAUUUGGCAAUCAUUCAGGAAGACCCUAUGAUUUGUCGUGCUUGUAAGGCAAUUUUCAACCCUUUCGUAACUGUCCAAGCCCAACAUUGGAUUUGUUCUUUUUGUGCCACGCUAAAUGUUCUUUUGCCACAUUACCAAAAUCAAAUACCAUAUCAAGCAUCUGGCGAUUGCACAACAAUUGAGUAUGUUUUAUCCAAAAGAGUUUCGUCUCCUCCUGCGUAUGUUUAUCUCGUCGAUACAUCGCUAGAAGCUCAAGAAUUAGAGUCAUUAAAGGAGAGCAUUUUGAAUUCAUUUCAACUUCUUCCAAAAUACGCUUUGGUUUCGUUGAUAACUUUUGGUCGCAAUGUCAAUGUGCAUGAGCUUGAGGAUGGGUUGGCCCAUAAUUACUAUACAUUUAACGGCUCCAAAACAUACGACCUGACUUCCAUUCAAAGAUCUCUAGGUCUACUUUCACGAGACCUGAGAAGAAAGGAUGCUAGUGAGUCUGUGGGAGGAAGAUUUUUGAAGCCGCUGGGAGUCUGCGAAUUUUCAUUAUCAGAGGUGGUCCAAAGUUUGAAACCAGAUGUUUGGCCAAAAGGAAAAUUUCAACGGAGUCUAAGAGCUACAGGAGCUGCUCUCGAUGUAGCUUUACACUUUAUGGAUACUUGCCUAGGUAAAACAGGAGCACAUUUAAUGUUGUUUGCAGGAGGCCCUUGUACGUUGGGACCUGGAAUUGUCGUUGGCUCAGAAUUAAAAGAACCUAUAAGAUCACAUUAUGAAAUCCAAAAUGGGUCUGCUAAACACUAUAAGAAAUCUCUUAAGCACUAUGCUGCAUUAGCCAAAAGAGCUACAUCGCAAUGUCAUUCAGUCGAUGUGUUCGCAGCUUCAUACGACCAAAUUGGAUUAUCAGAAAUGGAACUGCUUGUAGAUCAAACGGGAGGGGCAUUAGUAUUAACCGAUGCCUUUUCUACAGCUAUAUUUAAGCAAUCUUUUCAAAGAUUUUUGCAGCUACCAAUGGGAAUAAAUGGUACAUUGGAGGUGAAAACUAGCUUCGAUUUAAAAAUCAAUGGGCUUGUUGGCCAUGCCAUUUCGUUGGAAAGAAAGGCCAAGAAUGUCAGUGAUACGGAAAUUGGAAGGGGUAAAACUGAUGCUUGGAAGCUAUGCAAUUUGUUACCUCAGUCAUCUUUUGGAAUUUACUUUGAAAUGCCAGCAACAAACUCUUCUCAAACAACUACAAAACCUAGAUCGUUGAUACAGUUUAUUACAUAUUACCAGGAAAUCGGCGGAACAUUGCGGUUAAAGGUGACAACACUGGCCAAGCCAAUACUACAACAGUCUCAGGAAUCUCUAAUUGCAGAGUAUUUUGACCAAGAAGCAGCCGUUGUCUUGAUAUCUAGGCAAAUGAUCGAUAAGAUGGUGAAGGACAACAGCACUGAAGUUAUCAGAGAGUUAGAUAAGAUCUUGGUGGAGUUGUGCAAAAAAUUUGGCAGCUAUCAAAAGAAUGAUCUUCAAUCGUUCCGUUUGGGUGCUAAAUUCUCUUUAUUCCCCCAGUUUUUGUACCAUUUGAGAAGAUCUCAGUUCAUGCAAGUGUUUAAUAAUUCACCCGACGAAACAACAUUUUACCGUCAUUCCAUUCUCACAGAAGACACAUUCAACUCUUUGAUUAUGAUUCAGCCAACGUUGACAGCAUAUGAGAUCAAUCAAGAGCCUCAGCCAAUCUUUCUAGAUUCAAUGUCAAUCACCGCUGAUAGAAUACUUCUUUUAGACACAUUUUUCCAGAUCGUCAUUUACCAUGGCGAGACUAUUGUCCAAUGGAGGGAAGCUAAAUACCAAGAACAGGAGGAGUUUGCUUACUUGAAAGAUUUCUUCCAAUUGCCAAGAGAGGAUGCAGCAGAUUUGUUGAUAGACAGGUUUCCUUUGCCCAGGUUUAUCGACUGUGACGCAGGCGGAUCUCAAGCUCGUUUCUUGCUGUCAAAAGUCAACCCUACCACAAGUUACAAAGACAACCAGAUGGCAUCCGCCAGUCAAAGUGGAGGGGCUAUCGUCGGUUCUGAUGAUGUCAGUCUUCAAUCCUUCAUGGAACAUGUUCAAAUGGUUGUCGUAAAGAGUGUUUAG